AUGACGUCACCGACGCCCCGCGCGCCAUCUAUAAACAAAGCCAUAAACUACAACAACAACGACACGAAUCAAAUAGUGAAUCCUUUUGUUCACAAACUAGAACUCGAAAAUUAUUUUGAUAAAAUCCGUACAGCAGUUUUUACAGUCAUGCUGAUGCCCUUCAGGAUAAUAGUUAUAUCUAUUUUAUUAAUCCUUUUGUGGAUGUUGGCUUGUAUCGGUUUGUACGGUGUGACACAAGAGGAUUUGCGUAGGGCUCCUUUGAAGGGCUGGAGACGUAAAUUGAAGCCCUAUUUGUGUCUUAUAGGUCGUUUAUCAUAUUUGGCAGGUGGUAUGGCGAUAACUGUUAAAGGUAAAAGGGCUUCGAGGAAGGAAGCUCCUAUUUUGGUCGUGGCACCGCACUCGUCUUUUUUGGAUAGUGUUAUUGUUUACGUAACCAAUAUGGCUUCGAUUGUUGUACGUUUGGAGAGCAACGAUGAUUUUUAUGUAGGAAAACUUAUUAAUUACACACAGCCUGUUUAUGUACGAAGGGAUGACCCUCAGUCUAGGCACACGACUAUCAAGGAAAUCAUAGAUAGGGCGUCUUCGCCCUUAGAUUGGCCGCAACUUUUAGUUUUCCCUGAAGGUACUUGCACGAACCGUUCGUGUCUAAUAACCUUUAAACCAGGUGCAUUUACACCUGGUGUACCUGUUCAACCUGUGUGCAUACGUUAUCCUAAUGAUCCUGACACAGUCACGUGGACUUGGGACGGCCCAGGAGCCCUAAAAAUCAUCUGGAUGACUUUAACCCAAGUGCACAGUAGGUGCGAAAUCGAAUUCUUGCCUGUGUAUUAUCCUAAUGAAAGUGAAAAAAAUGAUCCUAAACUAUAUGCUGCUAAUGUUAGACAGUACAUGGCUGAUGCUUUAGAAGUACCUGUAUCAGAUUACACUUAUGCCGAUUGUAAAUUCAUGAAACGUGCUAAGAAAUUUAAUUUACCACGCCAGGGUUGCAUUGUUGAGUUCGACAAACUCCGAAAGGAAUUGGGCUUACACAAAAUGAACACCGAGGAAGACUUGAUUCUAAGUGCCAAUUUAAGCACAAAAAUAACUUUAUCGCAACUAGCAAACCUACUUCAUGUAUCUAUUACCCCAAGUUUGUCAAAAAUUUUCACAAUCUUCGAUCCUUUUAACACAGGUCGUAUAGAUUUACGAGACUAUCUCCUAUGUGCCCUAUUUUCGAUGAAGCCCUGCAUAGGGCCGCUGGAGUAUCUUAAAAAGGCGUUCAGAAUGUUCGAUGGUUCGAAAAUAGGCAGAAUGUGCGUUCACGAUUUUUGUGAUGCCGCCGAAAAAACUUUGGCCUGGACUAGAAUUGAAGCUGAGGAAGUUUUUAAACAGAUGGAUGUAAAUGAUAGACAGUUUGUUACUUUUGAACAGUUUUUGGAAUUUGCAGCGACUCGACAGGACUUGAAGUUUUUACACAAAGUUAAAUUUAAUGGGCAAAAGAGGCCGCCUGAGUACCUUAAAAAAGCUUUCAGAAUGUUCGAUGGUUCGAAAAUAGGCAGAAUGUGCGUACACGAUUUUUGUGAUGUCGCCGAAAAAACUUUGGCCUGGACCAAAAACGAAGCUGAAGAAGUUUUUAAACAGAUGGAUGUAAAUGAUAGACAGUUUGUUACUUUUGAACAGUUUUUGGAAUUUGCAGCGACUCGACAGGACUUGAAGUUUUUACACAAAGUUAAAUUUAAUGGGAAAAAGAGGCCGCCUGAGUACCUUAAAAAAGCUUUCAGAAUGUUCGAUGGUUCGAAAAUAGGCAGAAUGUGCGUACACGAUUUUUGUGAUGUCGCCGAAAAAACUUUGGCCUGGACCAAAAACGAAGCUGAAGAAGUUUUUAAACAGAUGGAUGUAAAUGAUAGACAGUUUGUUACUUUUGAACAGUUUUUGGAAUUUGCAGCGACUCGACAGGAUUUGAAGUUUUUACACAAAGUUAAAUUUAAUGGGAAAAAGGAGGGAUAG